AUGUCUUUGACUCCGUCGUCAAGGACGCUCUAUGACUUGGGUCACGACGAUGACGGGGAGAAAUGGGCCGGGGCACGCCUCUCCAACGUGCUACUUUCGACACAGACGACAGGCACCGUCGUCGUUGCACGCUGGUAUGGCGGCCAAAACAUUGGCCCGAUCCGUUUCACGCACAUUGAAAACAGCGCCAAAGCGGCAAUAGGGGCGUGGAAGGCGGCUGAUGCGGUUGCGCAGCAGGGAAGCACGAGCAAGAAGAGAAGAGCAGAAGAGGAAAGCCGGAGAUGCGAGCUAGUGAAGAAUCUCCAGGAGAGAGAUUACAACAUCUUUGCGUUGAGAAAAUUGCUGGGGGAAAAGAAAGCCAAGUUGGUGGGCGGGUUGGCUGUGCCAUUGACGCCGGCAAAACCGGUAGAUUAUGCGAGCAUGAGUAUGGAGGCUUUGGCCAGGGUGAACAAGGCAAGGGAUGCGACAAUUGCGUUUGUGUUGAAGCAGAUUGACAAGGUAGAUGAGGAGCUGAGCCUUGCUGAGGGGCUUGGGGAGGGGGUGAAGGGGGAGUCGGUUGAGGAGGGGUCAGGCUUCGUUUUGCUACUUCUCGAUUCGUAG